AUGCAGUUUCCCAGUGAGGCGAAAGGAAUCGUUGCAGCCCUGGUGGCGGCACUCUUUACCAACUUCAUUAUGACCAUCGGAAAGCUGAUGCAAAACUGGGGUUGGCCUUACUUUAUCCUUUCCGGCCUCGCGUCGCUGUUCGCCUCCAUCGGCCUUGCGAUCACCAUGAUGUGUCACUUGGUCAGCCUGUUGGGGAGAAGUCAGAAGUCAUACCACCUGGAAAAGCGAGAAGUGAAGUGGGUCGUGUUGCGAGGGCUCUUCAGCUCUCUCUUAAAUGUGCUGAACAUCUGUGCCAUUCUGGCUGGAGCACACAUUGGCUCCGUGGCGGCUUUGGGAAGUGUGAACACCGUGGUGGCUGCAUUGCUAGGGCGGCUCGUGCUUGGCGAGCCACUCGGCAAAUGGCAUGUGCUGGCCAUGCUGCUCUUUUUGGUGGGUGCUGUGCUGAUUAGUGACCCCAAAGAGGCUUUGUCCAGCAUGGGGUCAAGCUUGUUGGGAAACCUUUUGGCACUCUUAGCCGGAGUUUCCUUGGGCUUUGCUCUCAUCAGUGCCCGUAAAGCGGGUCAAGCCUCUUCCACGAUGCUCACCUUCUCCACCAUGGCGCAGCGUGUGAUUGUGUGUUGGGUUUUGGCGCUGGUUCUGGGUAAAGCAGAUGGCGAUAUCCACUCCUUGGCCGAGUCCCCACCUAAGAGCAUCCUUUACUUUGUGAUGCUCCUAUUGGUGAUUUUUCUCGCCAACGCCUUCGCUGCGAUGUCCGCCAAGCACUGCCCGGCCGCCUUGAGCGCCACAUUGCUGACGGGUGGGCAGAUGAUUACCGGCUACCUGCUGGACAUUUUUCUCUUCGACAAGAUGCCGAAGAUCAUCACCAUCAUCGGGGCAUCUCUCAUGCUCCUGGCGGUGAUUACCAUGACACUCAUGCGUCUUCCGGCCAAGACCGUCGAGCCCGACUCGCCCACGACGUUGGCCAACUUUGUGGCAGGCGAGUACGCAGAGCGGAAGAAUGUGAACCAGGAGGAUGAGGAUCAGGAGAAACCAGGUGAACUACGUAAGCGAACAGUGGCGCUGGAGGCAGAAAAGGUGGGGAAAUCGACGUUGUGA